AUGGCAACCCCUCUUGAAGGAUGUGUCUCGUCCCUUCGAUCUAGUAUACAGCUACUGGACUCGUCCAUCUCCAUUCUCGACACCGGAGUCAACGACUUUCCUCGCAUGUCCAAAGUCCUCCAUGCCACUCGUCAUUUCGAACUGAUCUCCGAGCCCGACCUACACAACGCGCAACGCUCGCUGCUUUCCGAAAUUCGCCCCGAAGUCGAAAAUCUUCUUUCUCGCGUGUCCAACUACCUCGACAAGCUCGAGCGCCGCGAACAAUCUCUCAUUGCCAAGUGUGAACUCAACGAAGGCCGCCUGUCGCAGUACAACAACGAGCCUUCGGCGUCGCGGUCUCGGAGCGCAAGCAGGGCCGGAACUAGGGCAUCUGGAGCUGAUGGGUUGGCGCCAGGAGAGGAACUCAAGGUGAAGCAACUGCGACAGAAGAAGGAGAGACUGAGCUACGCUGUGGAUCGAUUGACGUUGCAGGCGCAGCAGCGGGAGAGGCAAUUGAGGAUGAGCAUGGCGGCGCCGCACCAGUUCAACUUUGGAGAUUGA